AUGAAGUCUGAAGUCUUUGUUGCCGCCAUGGGGGGCGCGGUGAGCUCUGCUGCUGCCCUGUCCUUCCCUCGUGCUACCGAGGGCAAAGGAUUCAUUGCUAUGCCAGUCAGACAGGUCCGACCCGACCUGGGUCAUCUCACGAAGCGAGAGGCCAUCGAAGUUGUGCUCAGAAACAGAGAGUUUUACUACUCCACUGACAUCAUGAUCGGUACGCCUGCCCAGCAGGUGACCGUUCUUCUCGACACGGGUUCUUCUGAGCUCUGGGUCAACCCUGACUGCAGCACCGCGCCUUCAGCUGCCCAAGCCAAGCAGUGCAGCGCUGCUGGUCAGUACAACCCGCGCAAUAGUCGUACUCCGCCCACCGGCCCAAUUGGCACCCGCAGACUCAACUACGGAGACCCCUCGGACCCUAACACUCAGACGAGCGCCGAGAUCGCCUACUAUACCGAUUCCAUCACCAUGGGUGCCAGUGUCUUGGUCAACCAGACCUUUGGUGUCGUCACUAAGAGCGACGGCAUCGCCACUGGCAUAAUGGGUCUGGCUCCCGACCUCAAGGCCGGCUUCGAGCCAGGCAAGCCCUACAGCCUGGUCCUCAACAGCCUGGCUGACCAGGGACUCAUCGGGAGCCGCAUCUUCUCGCUGGACCUGCGUCAUCAGUCGGCGGACUCGGGCAUGCUCAUCUACGGCGGUGUCGACAAGGGCAAGUUCAUUGGCGAGCUCCAGCGAGUGCCCAUGGUGAACGGCGCCAAGGGCGAGCCUCGCCUCGCUGUUGAGCUUACCGGCAUUGGCAUGACCCUCGCCAACUCCGCCGAGACCUACGCUCUCGCCCCGGCGGACAAGAACGUCAUGCUCGACUCCGGCACGACCCUCACCCGCCUUCACCCGACCCUCGCUCGCCCCAUUCUGGCAGACCUCAAGGCCACCAUCGACACCGACGGUUACUGGACCGCCGCCUGCUCCCUGCGCGACAGUGGCAGCGACUCCUAUGUCACAUUCACCUUUGGCAAGAAGACCAUCCGCGUGCCCCUCAGCGAUUUCAUCCUUGACCUGGGCCCCCAGGACGGUCAGUGCUACGUCGGCCUCGUUACCACUACCGACCAGCAGAUCCUCGGCGACAGUAUGAUGCGGGCCGGCUACUUCGUCUUCGACUGGGACAAUCUGGCAGUCCACAUGGCUCAGGCGAACAACUGCGGCAAGGAGGAGAUUGUGGCCGUCGGCAGUGGUAGCGACGCGGUGCCCAGCGGUGUAAUUGGACUCUGCGAUGGCCCCGCGACGCCGGACGGUGACGGGCAGCCCGUGACGUCUGCAGUGAGUACAUCUGCUCCUUCAGCUUCUGACACCCCGAUCGUCUCGCCCACCAGCCUCCCGGUCACCAUCACCCAGACCGUGGACAACGGCCCGGUCCCGACCCCGACCCCGAUAUACACCACCCUCUCUGAUUGUGACGCAUUGACACUCUGCCCCCAGUCGUCCACGAACGGUGCCUCGCCUCCAUCCUCGUCGUCCUCCCCGAUUAGAGGAUCGCCCAACAGCGGCAGCUCUUCCUCGGACCCCUCGAAGAGCACGGGCGUCGGCGCCCCGAGUGCGUCGACCACGGGCGGCCCUUCAUCCUCAACGUCCUCCGAUUCCCACUCCGCGGCGGUUUCCCUCGCCGACGACCGAUUCCUGGGUCUGUUUUUGGGAGGCUUGAUGACGUUGGCGGCGGUGUUUUGGAAUGCUUGA